UGAGCGCAGUAGACCAGUUAGAGCUGCUUCUAAAGCUGCGUUUAGGAGGGAAAUUUUGACUCGUUUGUCUGCUCUUGAGUCCAAGGCAGGUUCGGCAGAAGCUGGGCCAGCAACUGCAAGGGAACUCCCUGCGGAGGAGGACGUCGUAGCUUGUGAUCCUGAACCUGAAGGACAGGUGGAUGCCGGUCAAGUGGCAGUGGCAGUGGAGCCUAGUGGUCCUGAUGAUGGAUCGCUUCAGGCAUCUUGCUCCGGGGGCCGACAGCUUUCCCUCCAGAAUGCCAAUGGGACUGUGGCGCCUUGGCAAGUGGAAGUGAACAGAGCUAUUCAGAUGGCUAUUGCUCCCAGCACUCGUCGAGCGUAUGAACGAGCGGUAGGAAUGUUCCAGGAAUUUAGGGAGGGGGUUGGGCUGAAGCAGGUGUGGCCCAUCCCUGCUGUGCACCUCCUGCAGUUUUGUGUAGCUCAGAGGGCUCGUGGUUUGGCGGUGAAGACUAUUAGGGGCCAAUUGGCUGCGCUGGCAUUCGCCAGCAAAGCGCGUGGCUUGCCCGACUCCACGGGCGAUUUUCGAAUCCGAAAGAUGCUUGAGGGUUGGUCUAGAGAGUCAGGGGUUGUUAGAGAUUUGAGACAGCCUAUUUCCCCAGCUAUUUUGAGAGGCCUUGGGUCACGGUGGGGGGAGAUAUGUAGUUCCGGUUAUGAGUGCCAGCUCUUUCAUGCCACCUCCCUUACGGCAUUCUUUGGUGCCCUGAGGGUGAGUGAACUGGUGGUUCAGUCACAGCGGGAUUCUUCAGGGCGGGCUUUAUCGGCUUGUGAUAUUCAGUUCAUGGGCGGUAAAGUCCUGAUUAGGAUUAGGAAAUCUAAGACGGAUCAGAAGCAAGCUGGUUCCGUGUUGACUUUGGGUCCUUGUGAGGAUAAGGCGUUAUGCCCUGUCCGGGCACUUCGUUCCUAUGUUAAGGUUAGAGGCGAGGAUGAAGGAGUGUUGUUUCGGCACAAUGAUCGCUCUCCAUUAACUCGCUACCAAUUUUGGGCAGUGACGGAUAGAGCGUUGCGCCAGCUGGGGUUGGUGGGUGUCAAAUUCGGCACUCAUUCAUUCCGAAUAGGGGCUGCAUCUACUGCAGCGGCCAUGGGGUAUGCUGACAGGACCAUUCAGAAGGUGGGCAGAUGGAAGUCAUCUGCUUAUCGGUCUUAUAUUCGUCCUUUACCAUUGCUCUAGUUCAUGCAGUUUGAUUUUUUCCAGGUGCAGCGAGCAACCGUGAGAGGAAGCGGAUUCUUAUAGCUGGCCACAGUAUGGUGUUCUGGGCUGCAGUGCAAGCCAGACGGACCCCGAUUGGAGCUCAGCUCGGGUUGAGCGAAGAUGCCUCCAUUGAAUGGUUGGGUCGGCGUGGCCUUCGGUGGUCGGGGUUGCUGCAUCUUUUGU